AUGGCCCUGUCGUGCUUUUGUGCCAAACGUACUUUCCAGAGCUUCGAUCGAACGCCCCUUCCCGAGUAUGAAGAGAACAAGAGGAAAGUGAACGCGAUUGAGAGCUCACUGGGGCGUCUCAUUCGCGACCUCGAAGCGGUUCAAUCAAACUGGGUUCGGUUGGGUGACGUCUUGAAAGCGUUCGCAUCCGAUCUCAGCGGCGCUCUACCUGAAUCAAGCAGUGAGAACGUCAAGGAUACGUCAGAGAAGCUGGCAAAGUCCAGCGAGGAGGUCGGGAACGAGUUGCGCCAAACGCUGACGGCGGAAAAAGCGUCCCCCUCGAGUAAGAUUCUCAGUUACCUGAAAGAGUUCCGUAAGCGGCUUGCAGAGUGCAAGCAAAAGUCAUCCAAGAUGGAGAACCUGGCGAAAGACUACGACGCAAGACGGGCUGUGGUCGAUGACAAGGAAAAGGCGAACACUCCCGAGCCUAAGCUGCAACGCGUUCGUGAUCUCAUGUAUGAGGCGGAGAUGAAGUUCCGUGAGGCCGAGAAGAACGUGCUUCAACUGCAGAAAUCCAUCAUAGAUGACGCACCGUUUGCGUUCGAGGCAGCGAUGGUCGGUCUCGCAACCAUUCUGGCCGAUCGGUCGCGUCUCUUGCAGGAGAAAGGUACGACAUUUCGCACAAUUCGCGACGCGCAGCUGGAUGCAGUUCUGAAGCGCAUCGAUUCAACGUGA